AAAAAAAAAAAAAACUCUUACACCUUCCACGUCGAUAGCCAUUCGCGCCUUUUACUUUAUACUUUUCUUUGCUGAUGGUGGAGAUCAGCACAGCAUCACCGGCACCAGAGGCACUGACGCUCGAGUGCAAGAGCCAUGCGCGUCAGUGGACCACCAAUUACAAGGAGCUCAAGAGGCGAGGUACGCUGAACCAGGUGGAAGAAUUCCAGAUAAUCCUGCUCAAUCAAUGCCGGCGCGAGCUCAACCUCGACAAGGAGCUUGAGACAAACGGCCUGAGCGCAAUGAGGCUGCCGAACGUGAACUCGCUCGUAUUUCUGGGCGAAGGUGACACAAAGCUGUCCAACGCCGAGGUCAAGCGCACCGGCAUCCACAUCAUCAGCAUUUUCCCAAAUAUUACGCGGCUGGAGUAUUUUCUCAGCCGCGACCGGGGCCCAGCUCCGGGAAUCGCAAACUACUGCCCGGCAUCGGCACCAAGAUCCUCACCACGGUCCAAAUCCUGGUGCCGUUUAUGGUCGGCCGGUCGUUUUCCUACCUGCGACAGCUCACGCCAUUCCCCAGCAUCCCCAUUGUCGAUAAAUUUGUGCGGCCCGAUCGCCUGGUCACGCUACCCGAGGCGCGCGACUGCGACACGCUUGAUGGGAGCGUUUGGCGACAAUGCGCAGUUCCUGCGGAUCUGUGAUAACCCGCGAGCACUUACGAGGGUCAGCUCGCUGAUACACACGGACCCGCGACCGAGCGCGCGCUCGUACAGCGCCGAUGCGGGGUCUUUGUAUGGCGCGCGGAUGCUGGGGAUCGAGUAUCCGCUGCCCGAGACCAUCAACUGGUCGUGGAUGAUCAUUGCAGACCCAAAGAGCAUUGCGCAUAUGGUGGGGCAGCUGCCAGCCCUGAUGACGCUGGUGUUGGAGUGCUUCUCGAUGAACCGCGAUGACCUGCUGAUCUCUGACCGGAACGAGCACUUUGGCGACCAGGCGUACACGUUUGAGCUGAUGCGGGGCCUGGAUUUGGAUGGGCUUGUAUACCUGGUCGGGCGGCUGCCGAGCCUUGUGUCGCUGGGUGUGGACAAAGAGAUGGUGGAUAUUCCGAAAAGAGACGAUGUUUCUGUGCAUACCUUUUCUUCAUACAUAGCAGCAAUUGACUAACAUUAUUUCUUAUGCCCGAUACCAAUAUUACUCCAAUGUAUUUAUGCAAGACGGUC